ACCAUGGAUCAGCAAAAUUAUUCUAGAGUGACUGAGUUUGUGCUGCUGGGACUCUCCAAUUCCUCGGAGCUCCAGUGCUUUUUCUUAGUGUGUUUUAGCCUCCUGUAUAUAGGCAUUGUACUGGGAAACUUUCUCAUUGUCUUGACAGUGAUUUCUGAACCUGCCCUACAUACACCCAUGUACAUCAUGCUCAGUAAUCUCUCUGUUCUUGAUGUUCUUCUGGCCACUUAUGCAACCCCAAAGAUGAUCCAUGAUUUCCUUCAUGAGCCCAAGAUCAUCUCCUUUGAGGGCUGCAUGGCACAGAUAUUCUUGCUGCAUGUCUUUGCAGGUGGUGAAAUGGUGCUCCUUGUAGCCAUGGCAUAUGACAGGUAUGUAGCUAUAUGCAAACCUCUUCAUUAUGCAGCCAUCAUGAACUUGUGUAAGUGCACAGGCCUGGUGAUAGCCUCUUGGAUCAUUGGAGUUUUGCACUCCUUGAGUCAGUUAGCUUUCACUUUAAACUUGCCCUUCUGUGGCCCAAAUAUUGUGGAUAGUUAUUACUGUGACCUUACUUUGGUUAUCAAGCUUGCCUGUACAGAUACUUAUAUCCCUGAAGUGCUGAUGCUUUUGGACAGUGGUCUGAUGGGUGUGACUUCAUUCUUGCUUCUGCUGAUCUCAUACACAGUCAUUCUGCUUACUGUGCGGCGUCAUUCCUCAGCAGGCAUGGCCAAGGCCCGCAGCACUUUGACUGCACACAUCACUGUGGUGACCCUCUUCUUUGGACCCUGUAUCUUCAUUUAUAUCUGGCCUUUUGGCAACAAUCCAGUGGAUAAAGUCUUUUCUGUGUUCUCUUCGGUUUUCACACCUAUAUUGAACCCCAUCAUCUACACACUGAGAAACAAAGAGGUCAAAUUUGCAAUGUACAAACUGAAGACCAGAUAUAUUAGUUCCAGGCACCCUUUCCUUUUUCAUGCCUAG